GCCCAGCUGAAUCCCAAUAUCCACUUCCAUCUUGAUCUGGCCCAAUAGCUACAGGAAUCAUAUACCUCUUCUUCGCACAGAAGCGUGUUCAACUUUAUCCUCUCCUAGGUUUCCUGAUUCACUUGCUUAGCCAUGGCUAUGCAAACCGGAAUCGGCCUUUCCAGGAUCAUUGUCCUCGCCGGUGCAGGAUUCACCGGUACGGUCCUCUUUAAAAACGGUAAAUUAUCUGACCUGAUCGGUGAACUUCAGUCGCUGGUGAAGGGACUGGAAAAAUCUGGGGAAUCUGCAGAUGGUGAUUCUCACUACAGUGAUGCCAUUGCUCAACAGGUGAAGCGUUUGGCAAUGGAGGUUCGGCAACUGGCCUCAGCAAGGCAAAUAACUGUUCUCAAUGGGAGUUCUGGCCAAAUGGGCAACUUAACUGGUCUCAUAGUUCCAGCUACUGCCUUAGGGGCAUUGGGUUAUGGUUACAUGUGGUGGAAGGGUCUAAAAUUCUCAGAUCUUAUGUAUGUAACAAAGCAGAGUAUGGCAAAUGCUGUUUCAAACUUGACGAAGCAUCUGGAGCAAGUAUCUGAGGCUUUAUCUGCUGCAAAGGUACAUUUGACACAGCGAAUACAACUUUUGGAUGAUAAAAUGGAGAGUCAAAAAGAGAUCUCAAAGGCGAUUCAAAAUGACGUUAAUGCUGCUUCUGAGAAUAUAUCACAAAUUGGCUCAGAGCUGUGGCAGUUGCAGUGUCUAGUUUCUGGUUUGGAUGGGAAGAUAGGUUCUUUAGAGGAGAAGCAGGAUAUUGCAAAUAUGGGGGUGCUGUACCUGUGCAAUUUUGUUGGUGGCAAAAAAAUGAAAAUGCCUAAAGCUCUGGAGGAUCAACUUAAGCCUUCUGGGAGAGCUCGUAGUUCACUCACAUAUCCUGAAGUUCCAAGUUUGACUGGUCUUAAGGAGCUUGCAGACAAUUUAUCUCGAACUAUCAGUGAGCCAACCGGCGUCAUAAUGCAAGAUGGAAUUGAUAAGUUGGAAGACCCAUCACGUACUCCACAAUGUGACCAACCAAGACCCCUGCUUAGGUUUAGUUCAGUCAAGUGUUGAGGCAACAUUCAGAGCGAGAUGGUUAACUAAUUUCAUCUUGGCAACAUGCUCGUUGAGUAGUUUUGUAGUAUUUCUGUACAAAUAAGGGAAGCCUCAAGCACACAGGGUGAUUUAAUUACACAAGAUGAUGGUUAAUUUCUUGUGGUAGUUCUUGUAUUCUUAUCUCAUAGUUAAUAUUCAGUUUUUGAAGUUUAAUGAACACAUCUAGUUUGUAAACACAUGAUGGACGUGCACUCAGAGCUGUAGAUAUGAAGUAUAGUUUUUAUUGUUAUUUUGUUAUGAA